UGGUAGACGGCGACGACGACGCCGCCGACGACGACGACGACGACGGCGGCGACCUAGUAAGAUGGCGUAGCGUUCCGCGUUGCGACGCGCCAGCAUCGGAAACGACGUGAAGGACGAGGACGCUUGGGUCCCGGUCGGCGCCUUCGAAGACGAUCCCCAGGGGGGGAUAGGUGGGCAGGUAGGUGGACUGGCUAGCGCUCUUCCCUCUCUCUCCCUCGAGCUGCUACCUGGCGGAUGUCGCACGCUGUAUUUAUAGCGCCAGCGCGUAUCCCACGGAAAUAAAAUACAAGUCCGAGUACAUGUAACGCGCGCCGCGAAGAUGAGCCUACCCUGCGACUGGCAAACGAACAAGCAGAAGCUGUCGGAGCGCGGGCAGCAUCUGCUGGAGACCGGGCAGUGGUCCGACUGCAACUUCAUCGUCGGCCAGGAGCCGCAGCAGCAGACCCUCAAGGGACACAAGCUGUUCCUGGCCAUGUCCAGUCCGGUCUUCGAAGCCAUGUUCUUCGGCGGCAUGGCGGAGAAGAACGACCCGAUACCGAUAAGGGACGUCCAGCCCGAGGCGUUCAAGGCCCUGCUGGAGUACAUAUACACGGACAAGGUCGAGCUCGGCUCCUUCGAGCUGGCCUGCGAGCUGUGCUACUGCGCCAAGAAGUACAUGCUGCCGUCCUUGGUGGAGGAGUGUACCAAGUACCUGUGGUGUGACCUCUCGCCGAAGAAGGCGUGCAGGGCGUACGAGUUCGCCAAGCUCUUCGAGGAGCCCGUGCUGAUGGACAAGUGCCUGCAGAUCAUACGCACCAAGACGGACGAGGUGCUGAAGGAGUCCAGCUGGGAGGACGUAGAGCUGGGGACGCUCCUCAAGGUCCUGGAGCAGGACGACCUGCAGAUCAGCUCGGAGAUAGAGCUAUUCACCGCCCUGGAACGGUGGGCCAAGUCGGAGUGCGCUAGGAAGUCUCUCGAUCCGACCAACGGAAAGUCCCUCAAGUCCGUCAUCGGGAAUGCCCUCUUGAAGAUAAGGUUUCUCAACCUGCUGCCGCAGGAAUUCGCCGAGGGCCCCGGCAUGUCUCCGCUGCUCACGAAAGACGAGGCUUUUGCCAUAUUAAUGAAUAUACUGUGCACGGGCAACAAGACACCUAUGCCCGAAGGUUUCUGCACGAAUGCCAACAGCAGAGCAAAACCGGCCAAGAUUCACUCCACGAGCCUCGGGCGCUCCACGAGUAUGGGACUUCCUAUGUUGACUGCAAGACCUAUUUUCGCUCCGUACAGCAAUUUAAAUAUCCCCGUACGCGUCGGCUUUUUAAACGACGGGGAGUCCAGCAGCAGUACGAUGAGGAACACAUCACCGAUACUGGUGGAUGCGAGCAUAAAUAAGGAUUCUGGAAACUUGCCCAAUACCUCUUCCGCGGUAGUCGUACGCGAGGGACCAAAGUAUUAUUGUCUAAGAUCGGUAGUUCAGCAAACGGAUUGCCUGAAUACAAAUGUGUUGGACUGUUCCGUCACGUUCAGUGUGGAUAAAAAUAUUUGUGUGGUGGGUGUACAGGUUCCUACGCAGAUCGCGGCGGCGAGCAAUUUCACUCACGCCAUUGACGCUGACACGUCUUAUACCGAAAUUUUGUACGCCCAUCUCCUCGAUUGCGACGGCACCCGGUUGACGUACACACACUUCACCACCAAGGCGAAUUUUGGUACCCUCGUGGAAAUCACUUUCAAUCGACCAGUUUACAUUCAGAAGCAUAAGAUUUAUCGAGUCGGCGUGGUGUUCAAUAAGGCUGGAUGGUAUCCAGUGGGAAUUUGCGCCCAAAACAUGUCCUGUGAUUCUGUGUUCUUCUCGUUCGGCGUUGGUAAUACCGCGCAUGCAAUCCGCGACGGUCUUAUCCGAUCUAUAGUUUUCACAUAUCACUAGCGCAACGAAUCGGGUGACAGAUAAAAUGUGUACACACUUUAAAGAACUUCGUCCACUUUUGCAAAGGUUUUUAGGCCAUCCGAAUUUCUCUGCCCGAAUCAAGUAGAGAACAAUGUGCCAGCGGCGCGACUCCAGAGCCAUAUCUGACAUCUCACUCGAAUCAAAACCGAUAUCGUUAGGUCAGAAUUGCUUCGAGCGCGAGCUUGAGGAUCUAAAAUUAUUCUUUUUAACACUACCUUUUUACCACUAUUACCUGCAAAAUUACAUUGGCUAUUUUCUUGUCCCAAAACAGGACAUUCCGAAUCUAUCGACUAUGAGUUGAUUAUUCUCACAUAGAGCUGCGCGCCUACGUUAUUUACAAAAUUACAAUUGAACACGGACCCGGAUGGCACAAAAUAGACGAAAUUCUUUGUAAUAAGACAGAAAUUUACUCUCUUACGUUGUAUAUUAUAUUAUUUUAUUUUUUAAAACUCAUCGAUGUCUUUUAUUGCAAAUCUCGAGACCUUGGAGAAAUUAUACCAGUAUACUCAUCGACUCUAGUUAUAAAAAUACACUUUAUUCUAUAAAAAUUGUUUCUUUUUAAACUGAUACGGGCAGUAUUGAUAUGAUUGUGCAUUAUACUUUUACUAAAUAGUAUUGUACAGUAUACUUUUACAAAAAGACGAACCUGAAUUUUACUGUU